CUUCCCAGUCAUUCAACACCCGCACUCCGAGCAGUGAGGUCGUUUUAAAAUUUAGUCCAGUAUAUUUGGUGAAAAUCCAAAAAUUAUCCCCUGUUUUUGUUUCAUAAGCACUUUUCUGGUAUUAUUUUCGAACUGGGAACAUGGAAUUCCAAUCGCUCUUGGAUACAAUGAAAAAAUCAUCUGCCAGGACCCGUAACUCCUCGAGGACCUGCAAGCGAGGACCUGCCGCAGAGAAGCGAUCGAAGCACAAGAACAAGAAGGAAGUCCGAGUGGCGAAGAAGCAGAAAGCCAAGGCUCCCAUAAAGAAGACGAAGACGAACCGGAAGGUCUGCGCCAAACAGGGCAAGAGUGGAAAGAAAUUGAAGUCGAUUCUGAAGUGUGGGGGUCAGCGUGGAAAGGUGAAGAAUACACAAUGCCGCGUCCGCUUCGCUGGCUGCAUGUGCGCGGAAGGCAAGGCCGCAGGACAGGCGAUCUGCCUGCAGUGUUUGGGGAAUAUCUGUGAUCUGGUCAGAGCCGGGGUGACGCCCAGUGAGAUGGAGAUGGUACUUCGCCAUAGGUACCACAAGUGGCACACAUAGGCGCAUCAGAACACAAGACACUUUCUCUUAGUAAUAGGUAUUAGAUUAGUUUCAAAAUUGUUAGUUUUCGAAUUUUUUUUUAUUUUUUUUUUGGUAAAAAGUCGCCUUUUUUUUCUAAAUUUUAAAUAAAUUUUGAUUGAAAAUGGA